CAGAUAUUUGCUUAACGAAUUUAAUCACGCUACUUGGCUAACGGUAGCUAACAGCUACAGCAUAUUUAUUAGCGUUGCAACUUUUCUAAUAUGGAGCUGGACAUUCGUCACUAUUUAAGAAAGGCAAAGGAGCAACAAGACUCCGAGGCUCUGCAUUCAGCCUACCGUUUAAUAAUGAAGACAACAGCGGCUGGAAGCAGCGGUCGAACCCAGCGCAUCAGCCCGGACCUGCACGUCCUCUGUGCAGAAGCUGCUCUGCAGCUGGGUUGUUUGGAGAUAAGCACAGCGUGUCUAAAGAUGUUCUUUGAAGGGAAUCCGCCGGCUAAUCAAUUUCUGUGUCGAGCCUACCUCUGCCAGGGCCAGCUCCAGUCUCCGCCGACCACUGGGACUGUGGAGGACUUUGAAGAGGCAGUGCAAAGUUUCCUUAAAGCAAUUGAAAUUGCAAAAUCUGAUCCAGGAUGCUUCUUCGCAGUGUUCAACGCCUCAGUGCUAUACUUCCACACGGUGCGUCCUCUCCGGCAGCCAGGGCGGUGUCAUUACCUGGUCCCCUCCCUGAAGCAGGUGGUCCAGAGUCUGGAGGAGGUAGAAGACCAGGAUCACAGCUGGAGGGCUGAACUCAUGAUAGAUCUUAUCAUAUGUCUAGUGGACUCUGGAAACACAGAGGAGACUGCAAAGUUUUCCAAAAUCACGGAGGAUUUCAUCAAGUCACAUACUCCACAUCUCUAUCCAAGACUCUUUCGCUUACAGGUGCAAUACAAGCUGCAAGAAAGUGAUGUCCUCAUUGAAAAGAGCUGUCAGCAUUCUACUCUAACAGUCAUUUACAAAAUUCAGGAUUUUAAAAACAGGUUGGAGGAAAUGAAUAAAGAUAAAUCAACGGGAGAGGAGCUUGAGAAGAUUUUCUAUCUCCUAGAAUGCACUAAAGUAUCUGAAGACUCCAGUUCUCCUCAGUGCCCACCACCCAUCCAACCAGCUGACAGAGUUGCCUUCCUCCUGGAACUGGCUCUGCUGGCCUUGCAACUGAAGCAUCAGAGAGUAGCUGCCGACUGUUUGAAAGAGCUCAAGUCUGCAGGAGAGGCUAGCAAUGACCAGCGCAUAAUAAUGGAAUGUGUCAAGUGUGAAAUCAACGUCCUGAGAAGGGGAGCGAAGAUGAAUGACUAUUCCAAAGCCAGUGUGGAGGCCCGGCUGAAGGAGAUAGGAAAGUUGGAUCACUGUCUGCAGAUAGCAGUGAGGGAGGGGAACCCUCAGGCCAUGCAGGCGGUGUGUGCAACCCAGUGGAGCCUCUGCCUGCCGCUCUUACAGCACAACCUCAGGAAACACAUCAAGGCACCUCUGCUCAGGGUUUCCCAAGUACUGGAGGACAUGCAGAGUAUGCUGCAGGAGAUGCGCUGUCAGGUCCACUCAGAGCUGGCAAUGAUUGAAGAGGAGGAGGGGUGCCUCGAGGCUGCUUUGACUCACCUCAAGAAAGCCUCGCUGCUGGAUAACGGCAAACAACGAGAACGCCUGUCGUCAGCUCUCCGCCUCCUGCAGCUCAGAGGGACCCUUUACCAAACGCCCCCCCGGACCGAGGAUAAAGCCGCUAUGCUCAUGCAGCAGGCAAAGGACAUGCCACCCAAAGAUAAGGCUGAUAUUCGUCCGGUCCUGGUUGCUGUGGGUCUUCUUUUGGCUCCUGAUGAUUUCCAGAUGGUGUUGGAUGCAGACAGUCCUUCCAAAAACAGUCCUGGAUCUGGACCAGUUGCUCAGCUUGCUGCUAAGGCUCAGCAUCACUCUGCAUGUAUUCAGAAGGUGGAUGGACACUUGGCCAGACAGGGAAAUGACACAAACAACACAGAGAGGGUCAAGUUGUGGGCGACUCUAGUGAAGAUGUCCAGGAAACAAGAGGUUUGGGAUGUGUGCCGAGCAGCUUGUCGAUUCUGCUUGCUUUACGAAGACAGCAGGUGGAAGAUUUCCAAGGCUUGCAAUAACAUGAUGAAAGAUCCUCAAACUGAUGAAUGUGGAUUGUCAGGACAAGAGGGAUUUACAGAUGAUCUACAAGACUGUAAUUUAAGCCAGGCUGAUGUGAUGGACUUGCUUCGUCUUUUGGCCGAAAUCCACUUCAUCAGUGCAGAGGCCACCAUCCACAAGCUGCUGAUGGAAGGGGUGGAACUCAACAGUCCUGCUGUCCCUGGGGGCAGAGUGUGUCUAUCUGAAAAGGAUCCACAUUGGGUUAUUUACAGAGACUGGAUCCAGGAUCUGUCUUCUUACGCCACCUCCAGCUUCUUGCGGGCAGCAGAGCUCGGAGCAGAGAUCAGGGAACCGUGGGUGAUAACAAAUGCGGCUGUUUACCUUUGGAACUACAGCAGGCAUCUGAUGGCAGCAGGAGAAUACCAACGCCUGCUCUCCACCUUCCAGAGUUUAGUGAAGAUGCUUCGUGACACAGAUUACACUGGGAGUCGUGCUCUGUUUGUGCUGCUGUGUGAUGCUGUGGCCCGGGGUUCGAUCCAGCCUCUGUGUGGACCAGACAGCAUCGAGCCAGCCCCGCCAACUGAAAGAAAAAGCAAAAGCAGAACAGAGAAAGGGAAGGACAAGGCUUCUAGUGCCCAAGAGGUUUACUUGGACCCUGCUGCCCUGCAGGACGUCCAUAAGGCAUCUGAGCUGUGUGGCUACGCCCUGCGCAUAUCCAACUGCAGCACCUUAGAGGAGACUGUCCCCAUCGCAGUGAGGAAGCAGGUGGUGUCUACAUGGGUGCAGAUCAAGAGGCUCCUGCAGCAGCAGAUUGGCUCAAAUAUUGACACUGAAGAUGAGAGUGAGAACGAGGAAGUGUCGGCGGUGAUGCGUGUGCUGGUUGGAGUGGAGAUGCUUCAGUGCAACAGGAACCCGAGACAUAUGGAGUUUUCUGUUCCCAGUCUCUCCACACUGGUGAGCAUGGCGUCUGAGUGCAGCUGGACUGACGCUGUGGUGGAGCUGCAGGUGUGGUGCCAGCUGGCUUCCUUCUGCCACGACGCUGAGGACCACAGCUUGGUGCUACGCUGCACUGAGAGAGCUCUGCAGCUGAAAGAGGCAGCAGCAAAGACCCUCAACACUUUGCCCUGUGUUUUGUAUGGCCCGACAGCAGUGAGUGAAAUGCUGAGCAGUGCAGCGUGUUUGAGAGGUUUGAGUUUAGCCUAUGAGUCCAGAGGAAAUCUGCAUUCUUACAGAGAAGCUCUGAAGGUGCUUCUUUCUGGCGUCAGCUUUGCAGAAAAGGCAGAGAAUCCACUAUUGUGUGCAGCAGCUGCCAGACAUUACUGGAACGUGUGCCUGCCGCUUACACGGACUCCUGAUGAGAGGCAGAAGCUCCAAGAGCCACUGGAGAAGAUCCUGACUGCUUUGGUUCAAGCCAACAAUAUGCAUGCAAUGACACAGAGCAAAGAGAAAGGAUCUCUGACCUUCACAGCAACAAAUAUGAAACUUGAAGCAACAGAAAAGGAGGAUGUAACCAUCAGAGCUGCCAUUUACAGUUUGUUGCUACAGAUUCAGACUGAUAAAGAAGACUGGAACAGCGCUCUGAAGCUCCUGGACAAGGCUAUCAAAGACAUGCCAACCAAGAGACACCAGCUACCUCUGCUGAAAGAGAGAAUCCUGGUGAAAACACGCCUGGGGGAAAAUGUUCUGAUGGAUAUGAAGAAGUUAGAAGACCAAGGGGAGCAGUGCUGUUCAUCUAUGUGGCACCAGGUGGCGCUGUGUUCUGACAGCAUCACCCAACAGAUCAGCUGCUACCAGAACUCCAUCAGCUCCCUGCUGAGCACAGAGACUUGGCAGCAGAAGGUCGACCUGCUGCUGGAGUUUGGAGAGUGGCUGUAUUUCCACAACUUCCCCAGAGCUGAUGCCCAGCUGCAUGUUGAGUGGGCCGUAGACAUCCUGUUGCAGAGGGAAGAUGAACAUGAAGCAGUGGAGACAUCCAUUAAAAGAGAUUUGAGCCCAGUAAAAUCUGAGUCCACUGUUGGAGUUAGGGACUUGUUUUACACACAGAGUUUGUCUGAUCUAAAGGAGAUACAACGCCUUGACGGCCUCGUAAGAGCACACACUUUGCUCGCUGUCAUGGCAGACAGGACUACACCUGAACACCAGAUCAACCUGCUCAGAGCCUACACCUUUGUACUACAAAUAUGGAAGGUAUCUCUGGCAGUGUGCUGUGAGAUUUCUAGCGAGAUGGCAAAGUCUCAGUCCACUCAGCCUCCUCCUUCUGCUGGAUCUAAAAAAGACAAGGGCAAAGGAAAAAAAGCCAAGGAUCCUCUUCCUGAAGAAGAACGACCAAAAUCUGUUGUUCUAAAUCAGGAAGCACCUUCCACACUGUGUGACUGGUCUGGCUUCAUGUGUCCUGAGCAGGCCCGGCAGAUAUUCCAGACCAACGAGAACCCUCACUGUAUCAACACCGACAGCAUAAAAAAACAGAUUCAAAGCCUGUUUUAUCUCAACCUGCUGGAAAAAGAGCUAAACUCACUCUCACUCAGCCACCUGACUUUACCUAUAUUGCAUCUGGCUGAGACCAUAGCUCAUGACCUUUUGGACAAGAGGAGCCUUUCCGAUCUCUACAGACUAAGAACCGUGCAGACCUGCUGUCAGCUGGGUUUGGAGGCACAAUCACCGUACCACCAGCAGCUCUUGAAUUUGUGCCGAAUUCCUGAACAAGAACAGAUGGACUGCCGCAGUGAGAUGACUUUUCCACAGGAGAGGAGAGACCUUCACAAAAAUCAUAAUCAGAGAGUCAGCUUUGGUGAAAAGGCUUCCUCUGGGCAGAGUGUGAGCAGACAGAGUGUGACCAUGAGUCCUUGGGAAAUCUGGCUGGACAAAGCUGAGGUCUGUCUCAGCAUGGGGCUCUUUCAACCAGCCAGACAGCUGCUGACAGAGGCACGUCUGGUGGCUACGGAGCUUGGCGACCACAGAGCGACAGCAAAAAGUCUGCUCAGUCUGGCAGCUCUGGCGUGUGAAGAGCAAAACUUCUACCGGGCUCUGAGCCUGCUGGAUGAAGCUAAAAACCUGGGUGGGGACGAGGAGUUCUGGUACCAGUUCACCCUCACCAAGGUCAGCGCUGUAGUCGGCCAGGGAGACAAAGAUGCCCACAUCAAGGUUGGUCAGAUUAUAAAACAAGGCUGUGAUGCUCUGAAGCUGGUUUUGGAGCAGCAUGUAAACAGAGUCCAGAAGCUCACUUUCUUAAUCACUUCAUUAAAGAUGAGAGGUGCCUGUGAAUGUAUCCAUGCCCUCAGGGGUGAACCUGGGGAGACUUUCUGUGACAAGGCUUUCCAGCAGCUAAAGGCAGCCUGUGAUACACUCAGAGAGUGUGCCAGUGUUUUUACUGAUCUUAGCUGCAGAAAACACACCUCAGAGGCAUAUGUGGAGUCUGCACAUGGGCUGAGAGUCCUGGCCAGCCAUGCUUCUUCCAGAGAGGACAGACAGAGUUUCCUCCUUGACAGCUUCUCACACAUGCAGUUUGCUGUUACAGAGCAGGAAUCUGUGGUGCUGAAUGCUCAGAGGCUUCUUCCCUCACAAGAGGAGAGCUCAGAACCAUCUUUGGCAGUCACUCGGAGGCUGGAGCGCCUGCGUCUGGAUGUGACAGAGUUUAGUCUGGUGUUGUUGGAGGAGCAGUGUGCUGAGUUGAAACAUAGAGCUCUGUCUCAGCAGAAGAAGACCUCUGCUGAAGUUGCACUGGAGGAGUUUGCACGCUGCUCUCCUGAGCCUGGUUCUAUAGAACACGAAUGGUUGACUACUUGCAGCACGGUGGGGCAGGUGGCUCUGAGCCAGCUGGCUGCAGUCUGGUCUCAGUCCUCUGACAACACGCAGAGCAGAGCUCGCUGUCUGAGUCUGAUGGGAAAGUACCUCCGACUGCAGGCUGUGCAGGAGGAUCCUCUUUAUCUGUGUGCUCUGUGGGAUGGACACAAACAGACGGGAACCUUGUCUGACCCUAAAGCCGCUUCUGUGGAGGAGGAGACUUCAGAGGACGAGAAAGACAGGAAAUCAGGCAGGGGAAGGUCAAGGAUGACCUCUGCCAAAAGCGCUGAGCUGCAGUCUUUGAUAUCUUUGUAAUUGCAGAAAAGGCUGAGAGCCCAGCAGCUGUUGCUACAGGCCCAUCAGGCUUCAAGUAAGGCAACCAGUCUGUGUCUCCAACACAAGUUGAACUCCUCCAUCCUGUCUGAAGCUUCUUUGAACAUGCUGGAGUGUCACGGCCAGUCUGACUUUGCAGUGGCAGGCCAGUACCUUGCCUUGUUUCAGAGCUGCUGCACUGUUGCAACGAUGGCCGACGUCCUGAGUUCAGCUUGCUCUGGCACAAGCGAGUCCCAGCUCUCUGCUCUGCUCAGCCUUCACAGGAAACUGCUCCUCUCUCAGGAGGAGAGGCCCAGCAGCAUGCUGAAGGGAGUGGAGGACUCCCUGAACAGCCUCUCCAAGACCUUCAGCCACCUCAGCAUCAAUCCCAGCCACUUAAACAUCCUUGUAGAGCUUCCAGCAAAUCUGAAGAUCUUGCUACUUCAGCACUCUGAAGAUGGUUCAGAACUUUAUGGAGCUUUCUAUGAGCCAGCUGAAACUCCAAAUCAAAAGGGAAAGACCACACAAGCUGCAGGUACACUGACAUGCUCCAGGGUGGCCAAAGUUUCUGUCUGCCCGCAGGCUCUGCUGGCUCUCAGGGAGCGGACUCGGGCCUUUGGCCAGGAGAGCAGACUCGCUUUCUUCAAGGAGACCUGCCGACAGACUUGGCACACUGCUGAGGAUGUGCUGCAUGUUUCUGAGGAGCAUCAGGUUUCUCCUUGUGAACCCACAGCAGACGAAAUAUUGACACCCCACUUCAGAGAAAUUGUACAAGAUAUGGAAGAAUAUUUGAAGCCUCUUCUCAGUCAGUUUGACUUCUCUUGCUUCAGGCCCCGGGCUGCAUCACUCUCUGUCCCUGAGACGACCAAAACCAAAGAUAAAGAAGAGAAGGAGCGUGCAGGUAAAGGCAAGUCCGAACCAGGGCAGUAUGUGGUGUUACUGGCAGACAGAAAGUUGCUGGAGUUGCCGCUCGAAGCCUUGUCCAUCCUGCAGGAGGUCGGCCUUGCUUCUGUGUCCCGAGACUUUUCCCUGCAGCUUCUCCACAGUCGUCUGACCAGAGAAGAACCGCAGAAAGUUGAAAGUGACAACAAAAAGGAGACCAAAGGUGGAAAGGGAGCGAAGGGGAAGGUGGAUCAAAGCCAAGCCAUCAAAGCGAUUAACCAGAUGAAUGCCUUCCCAGUGGACGCACGUAACGUCAAAUAUAUUAUUGACCCCUACAAUGAAGGCAGCUUCGGCACAGAAGGGACAAGCCUGAGCAAGAGGAUGGAGGAGAUUCUGGAGACACACAGUCAGCACUUCACCUCUGUGUGGGAGGGCUUCAUGGGCAGCAAGCAAACACCUAGUGUGUCACAGAUGCAGCAGCUGCUGAGCAGGUGCAGUGCCUUCAUUUACCUGGGGAUGGAGCGCUUCAUGACAAAUAUCCCCCCUGGAAAACUUGCAACCCUCAGUCUAUCAGAGUGCCGCAUGGCUCUGCUCUUUGACCUGGUUCAGAAUAAGGCCAGUGUGGUUCAACAAAUAAACCUGGACAUGCACAAAAGUCCAGGACAGUUAACUCUAGAGAGUCCUCUACAGACCGCUCUGCUGCUGAGUCUGGGAGGAGUCGGCUGUGUCGCUCUGAACCAGUGGCACAGCAGCCUUCAACACAACAUACACAGAGUGGUUGAUGUUCUGGACAAUGUUCUGAAGGUCAGACUGACCUCUGGACAGACGGUUCAUGCUCUGAGGACACGGAACAGUUCAGGGAGGCAACAUUACAACGAAACAGGAUCACACGAUCAAGUUUUCCACGCUGAUUCAGAGGAUGAUGAUGUUCACAUCAAGAACAGUCUCACACCCUCAGCUUUCAACUUUGUUCUUUAUGGACUCCCAAACUUAAUGGUCACAUGAUAUUCUGUAUGCCCUCAAUAAGUCGCUUUUAUGGUUUGACUUUGAUUCCACUUUCCAGUUUGUAACUUUCCUGAUUUUAUUCCUAAUGUCUGAGGUAUUUUUCAAAAUCCACAGCAAACUUUAGGGAAAAGGUUCAACAGCAUAAGCCGAUAUUAAAGCUGGUUUACAGAAAUUAAUCCUUUGGGAUACUUUUUAAUAUAUUGUUUAAUGCAUA